CCUAACCGGUUUCGCUCGUAGUGCGGGGCAACCAGGAUGAAUGUCAAUGACCGAAGACGGGUCUUUUGCCGGCCCAAGGCCAUUUUACCUGGGGAACGUAGCGGCGUGUGACGUUGGGUUGUGGGGUGAUGGGAGAGAAGUUACGUGGUCGAUGUUUUGUGACUGACAUCUUGACUCCAACUCUCAACUUUAGACGUCAAAUUGAGCGUAUCGCGAUUAAAAAAGAGCUAGAUACUGGAAACAGCAUAAAGAAGAGUAGAGCCGAAGAAACGUGCUCUAUCUGUGGACAACGGCUUCCGUGCAGUAUUCGUCCCGUCAACGUUCAACAUCCAGCGUUGGGAUAGGAUACUUUGGAAACACCAAACCGGCCCUCCUUACACACCCAACGACUAGGAAAAUACCACAAACACCACAACAAUGUCGUCUAAACCCCAGAUCGGCUUCUGCGGCCUAGGUGCAAUGGGUAUGGGCAUGGCCACGCAUCUCGUCAAGCAAGGCUACUCCGUAACCGGUUUCGAUGUUUACCCUCCUUCGCUGGAGAAGUUCAAGGCCGCGGGCGGCACACCAUCAACAUCCCUUUCAGACUCUGCAAAAGACAAGCCAUUCUAUAUUGUCAUGGUCGCAUCAGCUAUGCAAGCUCAGCCCGCGCUUUUCGACAAAGACGGAAUUGUGAGCGCUCUGCCAAAGGGGGCGACACUCUUGCUGUGCUCGACAGUACCAAGUGCGUACGCGAAGAGCGUAGAGAAAGACCUGGUAGACAUUGGCCGAGAUGAUAUCCUAUUCAUUGAUGCGCCUGUCUCCGGUGGCGCAGGUCGAGCAGCAGAUGGCACCUUAUCCAUCAUGGCGGGCGCCUCGUCUGCGGCGUUUUCAAAAGGCCAAUGGCUUCUCGAAGAGAUGUCCGCACCUUCCAAGCUGUUCAUUGUCGAUGGCGGGAUUGGCGCAGGCAGCAACAUGAAGAUGGUCCAUCAAGUGCUUGCGGCAAUCCAGAUCCUGUCUCUCAGCGAAGCAUACGGGUUCGCUGCUCGACUGGGCUUGAACGGAAAGGAUGUGUACGAGAAGGUGUUGGGGAGUACGGGGUGGAGUUGGAUGUUUGAAAAUCGUAGUCAGAGGACGCUGAAGGAGGACUAUUUCCCUGGAGCAAGUGCUGUGACGAUCAUUUUGAAGGAUACUGGAAUCAUCACAUCCAUGUCUCGCAGCGUAGCCUUCCCAGCCACCCUCUGCUCAGCCGCAGAACAAGUCUACUUCUCCGCACUCGACCGCGGCUGGGGCGCAAACGACGACUCCGGUCUCGUCCGCCUGUGGACCUCCGAGCCCGUUACCAGCAUCCAAAGCAGCCUCUCAUCCGAGGACAAAGAAGCAAAGCUCCAGCUCGUCGUCAACCUCCUUACCGGCAUUCACCUCGUCUCGGCAGCUGAAGCCAUCUCGCUAGCCAAGCAUGUCGGUAUUCCAUUAGCGCAGUUCUACGAGCUGGCGUGUGAUGCGGCGGGUGGAAGUGCCAUGUUCAAGGAUGCGGGUGCGAAAAUGAUUUCUGUGCUGGAGGGUAAGGAGGAUGGGAAGGGUAAGGUGCUUGGUGGCUAUGCGGAAUCGUUGAAGCAGGCUGUGGAUGAGGCGCAGGCGAUCAAGUGCCCUGUGUACCUUGGUACGGGCGCGUUGAAUCUGUUGUUGCAGACGGGGAGUGAGCUGAGUUUGGGUUCUUUGCUCAAGUGCUAUAUGCCUUAGAGUGGGUAGGGCAAUACGAAUGAUGUGUAUAUACUCCAGGGGUGGAGAAAAAACA